GCAUCCUCACAUGGUUCUGGCUCUCUCCUUCUCUUAAGCCAGUGGACUGUUUGAUUGACAGAUCACAACUGUGUUGGACUUGCUGCUUCUGCACAGCCAACAUGCACUUCACCACCGUGUCUUUGUUUUCAGAUGGUUGGUGUGGAGCAGACAGUGAGGCGGCACCUUCCAGGGAGAACUAUUCUGUAGGAGGAGGGUCUCAGGUAGCCACUCCCAAGUCAUGCCCCUUCACCCAGAAGGCCCCUGCACGGGAGAUGUGUGUGCCGCUCUGGAAAGACGUUCUGCGGCUGGCUGAGCACCAGGAAUCACAGCCGAUUCAAAGAUCGUCCCCGUGUGUACCCCAUGCGAGAGGAUUGUCAGCAGCACAAGGAGCGACGCAGUGUGGAGACAUCCUUCAGGGGGGAGGCGGGGGACUCCCCGAGAACCACACAGAUGGGGUAUUGAUGAGACCCCUUAGAUGCAAGGUGGAAAAGAUGGACUCACCAGAAAGCCCUGGCCUAUUCCUGUGCCAGACCUCUCAGAAGAUCAGUCUGUGCACACAGAACUCUGGUCACGGGCAGCGCCAGGGAGACUGUCACAGGCAGGUGCCCUUCAGUUGCAGUGCUGCUGGACAAACCUUUCCCGACACCAUUCCCAUCUCUGACAGCCAGGCAACCCAGACUGAAGGGCGAGCCUUUUCGUCCCUACCGUGCGGGAGUGUGUUCAAGGAGAAAUCAGCUCUUGCUCGUCACAGAAAAAUUCACACUCGAGAAACAUCGCAUGUGUGCAAGGAGUAUGGAAAGGCCUUCAUCCACUUGCCUCACCUGAGAAUGCACCAGAAACUUCACAUUGGGAAGAGGCAUCACACAUGCAGUGAGUGCGGGAAAGCCUUCAGCCGCAAAGACGCACUCGUUCAGCACCAGAGACUUCACACUGGAGAAAGGUCUUACGACUGCAGUGCCUGUGGAAAAGCCUACAGCAGAAGCUCCCACCUCAUUCAGCACCAGAGAAUCCACACUGGAGAAAGGCCCUACAAGUGCAGUGAGUGUGGGAAAGCCUUCAGCCGCAAAGACACGCUUGUUCAGCACCAGAGGUUUCACACCGGAGAAAGGCCUUAUGAGUGCAGCGCGUGCGGGAAGUUGUUCAGCCAGAGCUCCCACCUGAUUGAGCACUGGAGAAGUCACACUGGGGCAAGGCCUUAUGAAUGCAUCGAAUGUGGGAAAUUCUUCAGCCACAAUUCUAGUCUAAUUAAACAUCGGCGAGUCCAUACUGGAGCGAGGUCCUACGUGUGCAGCAAGUGUGGGAAAGCCUUCAGCUGCAAAGACACGCUAGUCCAGCACCAGAUCAUCCAUUCUGGAGUGAGGCCUUAUGGGUGCAGCGAGUGCGGCAAGGCCUUUAGCCGCAAGGACACGCUGGUGCAACACCAGAAAACCCACACUGGAGAAAAGCCGUAUGGGUGUGGGGACUGCGGAAAAUUCUUCAGCCAUAGCUCCAACCUCAUUGUACACCAGAGGAUCCACACUGGAGCAAAGCCGUACGAGUGCAGGGAGUGUGGGAAGUGCUUUAGCCACAACUCCAGCCUCAUUCUGCACCAGCGAGUUCAUUCCGGAGCAAGGCCUUAUGUAUGCAAUGAAUGUGGAAAAGCCUACAUUAGCAGCUCCCAUCUUGUUCAGCAUAAGAAAGUUCACAGUGGAGCAAGACCUUACGAGUGCAGUGAAUGUGGAAAGUUCUUUAGCCGCAACUCCAGCCUCAUUCUGCAUCAGAGGGUGCACACAGGAGAGAAGCCUUAUGUGUGCAGCGCGUGUGGGAAGGCAUACAGCAGGAGCUCCCACCUUGCCCGUCACCAGAAAGCUCAUGCUGGGGAAAGGCCUCUCAAACACGGUUGUUUUGGUGACCCUUCAACUGCAUGUGGGAAACUUGCUUAGCACCACAAAAUUCACGGUA